GUGCGGUGCAUGUAAUAACUCGUACACAAAUGUUUUCUCAGGGUGUUUUCACUUCUUUCAAUUUCACAAGUAACAGUUCCCAUUGGUUCAAGAAGUACCAGGUCCUUACGUUUCCGUGGGUAGUGUGACAUAGAGAAAUGCGUUGUGAUUGGAGAAGCUAAUUGUCUGCAAGGGAACGGAGAGUUGUCAACCGUUCGUCCUCGAACAAUGUCUUUUGGUUUGAGUACUGCAAGCUCUGGAACUCAUGAUCUGUUUGUUGGUAAUGUACCAACAGCAUGGGGCAAGGAGAAGUUAGCCGAAGUGUUUGCUGAGCAUGCGACUGUAGCUCGCUGCAACGUUGUGUCACCAAAGGAUCGAGAAUCGCGUGUUACCUAUGGGUUUGUGGCUGUAGCAUCACAGACUGAUGUCGACAAGUGUAUGACGAAUCUAAACCGUGUCCCCAAAGAUGGCUAUUCAUUGCGAGUUGAAGUCAGUGCGAAGAAGCGAGAUAAACCAGCGUCUAAUGUGCAGACACCAACACAGUCUUCGACAGCAACGCAAUCGUUGACACCUACGACAUCUUCCACGCCAUUGCAAUCUCCUACGGUGUGUCAGCAUCCGUCCUGCAGUAAGCCGGGAAAGCAUCGAUGUUCAAAAUGUAAAUCUCCGUACUGCAGUGCAGAGUGCCAGAGUGCUGAUUGGUCAAAGCAUAAAUACUUAUGUGCUGGUCUAGCUGUAUCUGCCACCGCAACACCUCUAUCUCCUAGCAGGCAACAGCAGCAGCAACAGCAGCAAGGCCCUGCGUCACCUGCUUCUUUGCCUACUGCCGUAUCCCCUGUGGGGAAAUCAGCAUCACCGAUUCUCCCUGCAGACAGUCAUCGUUCGUUUGAGCGCGCAUCUCCCAGUGUCGGAAAAGCUAACACCUCUUUGGAUGAGGGAUGGGUAAUGGUGAAUGGUAGCAGCACAUCUGACACACGUCGUGUAGAAAGUAGUUCAACGCAGUACAAGAGCAGCAGCAGCAGCUCCUCGUCCACUCCACUGGUACCAUUUGCAGCAACCAGCACUGGCAUUCCUGGCUUCUCUCCAGCACGUCUUCAAGGGAGACAUGUUGACACUCCAUCAACUAUGCCAGUGUCUCAAGGCUUCCAGUGUAUCAUCUUGCCAGCUGGACGGACACAAGUUCAGCUCUCUUGUAUCCGGGAUGACUGCUCCGACAUCUAUGUCCACGUCACGAAUCAUGACCAAAGCAGCCGCUUAGCUCGUCUCAAUGCCAACAUCAAUGCUGCAAUUCAUAUGUCAGACCGCUCAUCGUACAUCCCGGCUGUUGAUGCUGUAUGUUCUGCACGCUAUGGCAAUGAUGAGCUAUUCUACCGGGUCCGCGUUGAGAAGCAAGAGUCAGCCCAAACAUAUCAAGUGAUGUUUGUCGAUUAUGGUAACACAGCAAGUGUUCCUGUAAAUGACCUUCGACCCCUGAAGCAUGAAUUUGGAAUCCUGCCAUUUCAAGCUGUCCGCUGUUCUCUGUCAGCUAUUCAACCAGCUGAAGGAGCUGUCUCGUGGUCGCAGAAAACCAGGGAGAUACUGCAGCAAGUGGACACCCUUGCAGCGUACCUUGUCAAGCCUGCUUCUAGCUCUAGCCAGGAGCAUGUCAUUGAGUUGUACAAUCGUUCACUCUCUGGCAGUAUCCUGCUAAAUAACGAGUUCGUGAAGCGUCGAGUGGCUGUGUACAAGCCGGGUGAAAUGCCUCCUAUUGAUAAGAGCACUCCAUCAGUAUCAGUGUCGCACUCUGUUGAAGAUGUGUUUUCUGCCAACACCCAGUCUGCCGCCGAGGCUGUUGCUGCAACUGCUUCUCGUACUCCAGUUGCUGCUGCUCCUGCUGGUGUUGAUCUCGUCUCAAGUGGCAAUACACCAGCUGCCGCCUAUAGUUCCACCCAUUGUCCCGCAAGGUCUGUCCCACCAGCAGACAGCAAGAGACUUUUUCUCAAAGAUCUGUCCUGUUUCAAGUUGCCCGUGGGCAAACCUGUGGUCUGCGUCUCUACAGCAGUGAAGUCUCCGGGUAGUUUUUGGUUGACAUGUGCUGCAAGAUUCACAGAGUUGGCAGAUCUUCUGGACUUGAUGGCAGAUCCUCCUGCGUACCCUUCCCCUCAUCAGCCAUGCACUGGAGAGAUGGUUGCUUGCCAAUUCUCGGCUGACCUGAACUGGUAUCGUGCAAAAGUCAACUGUACUGCUGAUGAUGUAGCAGAGGUGACGUUUAUGGACUUUGGCAACUCUGAAACUACAUCAGUUUCUCAGCUUCGUCCUCUACAGCCAGAGUAUUUGAAGCUACCUAUUCAGGGUGUGCAGUGCACUCUGGAUGCGUGCCAGCCUGUGUUUGGCACCAAGUGGUCAGCUGAUGCAACUGCAGCUUUCAAUGAUCUGAUAAUGGACACGGAGCUGUCGUGUGUUUGCACAGCUAUCAACGAGAAUGUAUACAGUGUACAAGUAGAGUGCAGUGGUAAGAAUGUAGUGUCUGAGCUCAUUGCUUCUGGACAUGCAAUCUGUUAUGAGCCGCUACGCAAGCCGCACGAUACCUCGCAGCCAACCAAGACCACUGCCGCUAUGCUCAGUACAGACCAUCACACGUCCAAUGACAUUGCGACUGAAGGCUUGUCGCUGUCCAUUGCAGAUCGCCCGGGUGAAAGAUUAGGACCGUGUGGUGCAUCAGUUCCAUCAUCUCCAUCUACUAUUACUACUGCCAGUCCUGACAUGAUCACACCAUCUGACGCACAGUGGUCAUGUUUGCCGACUACUUCCGGUGAAUUUGACGUCAUUCUAUCAGAUAUCGCCAACCCCAGUUGUUUCUACGUCCAGGUUGCAGAGAAGAACGCUAUCCAAAGUCUUCAUUCGCUAGUGGAUGUGAUGAACACCACGUUCAACGAUGCAUCAAACCCAAGCGCCACGCCAUCUCUUGGUGACUGCCCGGUGGACAGCAUCUGUGCAGCUCAGUUCAGUGAAGAUGGUGGUUGGUAUCGAGCUGUAGUUACCAAGGUACUCGACGGUAAUCGGCGGGAAGUAAGAUUCACUGACUUUGGAAACAAUGAUACUGUGGAGAAGUCGUCACUUCGUCCUUUGAGUCCGUCCAUGCUAGAGCUACCAAUGCAAGCUAUUGCCUGUCAAUUGGCGGAUGUCAAGCCAAUAGGUAGUGAAUGGUCAGCGCAAGCCAUCGCGAUGUUUGCAGAGCAUGUUGGAAAUGUCGGAGCAGCGCGUGUGACGGUUUGUAGAUCUCCAAACAGCAGCUCAUCCGAAAGCAAUGGAAAACAAGCCCUGUGUGUCUACAGUAUGAAAGAUGCAAGCACCAUCAACGAUAUCCUUGUGUCUUCUAAGCAUGCAGUUUCUACUAUUGCUGUUCCAGCUGCUGCUCCUGUUGAGUCCCUGAAGGUUCUUUCUCAAUCUGACGCACAGUGGUCGUUUUUGCCAACAACUGCUGGUGAAUUGGACGUCAUUCUGUCAGAUAUUGCCAGCCCAAGCUGCUUUUAUGUCCAGUUGGCAGACAAGAGCACUAUCCAAAGCCUCAAUUCACUGAUGGAUACUAUGAACACCACAUUCAACGAUGCAUCAAACUCAAGCGCCACGUCAUCCCUUGGUGACUGCCCGGUGGACAGCAUCUGUGCAGCUCAGUUCAGUGAAGAUGGUGGUUGGUAUCGAGCUGUAGUUACCAAGGUACUCGACGGUAAUCGACGGGAAGUGAGAUUCACUGACUUUGGAAACAAUGACACAGUUGAGAAGUCAUCACUUCGUCCUUUGAGUCCGGCCAUGCUAGAGCUACCAAUGCAAGCUAUUGCCUGUCAAUUGGCGGAUGUCAAGCCAAUAGGUAGUGAAUGGUCAGCGCAAGCCAUCGCUAUGUUUGCAGAGCAUGUUGGAGAUGUUGGAGCAGCGCGUGUGACGGUUUGUAGAUCGCCAAGCAGCAGCUCAUCUGAAAGCAAUGGACAACAAGCAUUGUGCGUCUACAGCGUGACAGAAGCUCGCACCAUCAACGAUAUCCUUGUGUCUUCUAAGCAUGCAGUUUCUACUAUUGCUGUUCCAGCUGCUUCUCCUGUUGAGUGCGCGAAGGUUCUUUCUCAAUCGGAUGCACAGUGGUCAUGUUUGCCGACAACUUCCGGUGAAUUUGACGUCAUUCUAUCAGAUAUUGCCAGCCCAAGCUGCUUUUUUGUCCAGUUGGCAGACAAGAGCACUAUCCAAAGCCUCCAUUCACUGAUGGAUAUGAUGAAUACCACAUUCAACGAUGCGUCAAGCUCAAGCGCCACGCCAUCCCUUGGUGACUCCCCGGUGGACAGCAUCUGUGCAGCUCAGUUCAGUGAAGAUGGUGGUUGGUAUCGAGCUGUAGUUACCAAGGUACUCGACGGUAAUCGGCGGGAAGUAAGAUUCACUGACUUUGGAAACAAUGAUACUGUGGAGAAGUCGUCACUUCGUCCUUUGAGUCCGACCAUGCUAGAGCUACCGAUGCAAGCUAUUGCCUGUCAAUUGGCGGAUGUCAAGGCAAUAGGUAGUGAAUGGUCAGCGCAAGCCAUCGCUAUGUUUGCAGAGCAUGUUGGAGAUGUCGGAGCAGCGCGUGUGACGGUUUGUAGAUCUCCAAACAGCAACUCAUCCGGAAGCAAUGGACAACAAGCAUUGUGUGUCUACAGUGUGACAGAAGCUCGCACCAUCAACGAUAUCCUUGUGUCUUCUAAGCAUGCAGUUUCUACUAUUGCUGUUCCAGCUGCUUCUCCUGUUGAGUGCACGAAGGUUCUUUCUCAAUCGGACGCACAGUGGUCAUGUUUGCCGACAACUUCCGGUGAAUUUGACGUCAUUCUAUCAGAUAUCGCCAACCCCAGCUGUUUCUACGUCCAGGUUGCAGAGAAGAACGCUAUCCAAAGUCUUCAUUCGCUAGUGGAUGUGAUGAACACCACGUUCAACGAUGCAUCAAACUCAAACGCCACGCUAUCUCUUGGUGACUGCCCAGUGGACAGCAUCUGUGCAGCUCAGUUCAGUGAAGAUGGUGGUUGGUAUCGAGCUGUAGUUACCAAGGUACUCGACGGUAAUCGGCGGGAAGUAAGAUUCACUGACUUUGGAAACAAUGAUACUGUGGAGAAGUCGUCACUUCGUCCUUUGAGUCCGUCCAUGCUAGAGCUACCAAUGCAAGCUAUUGCCUGUCAAUUGGCGGAUGUCAAGCCAAUAGGUAGUGAAUGGUCAGCGCAAGCCAUCGCUAUGUUUGCAGAGCAUGUUGGAGAUGUCGGAGCAGCACGUGUGACGGUUUGUAGAUCUCCAAACAGCAGCUCAACCGAAAGCAAUGGAAAACAAGCCCUGUGUGUCUACAGUAUGAAAGAUGCAAGCACCAUCAACGAUAUCCUUGUGUCUUCUAAGCAUGCAGUUUCUACUAUUGCUGUUCCAGCUGCUGCUCCUGUUGAGUCCCUGAAGGUUCUUUCUCAAUCUGACGCACAGUGGUCGUUUUUGCCAACAACUGCUGGUGAAUUGGACGUCAUUCUGUCAGAUAUUGCCAGCCCAAGCUGCUUUUAUGUCCAGUUGGCAGACAAGAGCACUAUCCAAAGCCUCAAUUCACUGAUGGGUACUAUGAACACCACAUUCAACGAUGCAUCAAACUCAAGCGCCACGUCAUCCCUUGGUGACUGCCCGGUGGACAGCAUCUGUGCAGCUCAGUUCAGUGAAGAUGGUGGUUGGUAUCGAGCUGUAGUUACCAAGGUACUCGACGGUAAUCGGCGGGAAGUAAGAUUCACUGACUUUGGAAACAAUGAUACUGUGGAGAAGUCGUCACUUCGUCCUUUGAGUCCGUCCAUGCUAGAGCUACCAAUGCAAGCUAUUGCCUGUCAAUUGGCGGAUGUCAAGCCAAUAAGUAGUGAAUGGUCAGCGCAAGCUAUCGCUAUGUUUGCAAAGCAUGUUGGAGAUGUCGGAGCAGCGCGUGUAACGGUUUGUAGAUCUCCAAACAGCAGCUCAUCCGAAAGCAAUGGACAACAAGCAUUGUGUGUCUACAGUGUGACAGAAGCUCGCACCAUCAACGAUAUCCUUGUGUCUUCUAAGCAUGCAGUUUCUACUAUUGCUGUUCCAGCUGCUUCUCCUGUUGAGUGCGCGAAGGUUCUUUCUCAAUCGGACGCACAGUGGUCAUGUUUGCCGACAACUUCCGGUGGGUUUGAUGUCAUUCUAUCAGAUGUUGCCAGCCCAAGCUGCUUUUAUGUCCAGUUGGCAGACAAGAGCACUAUCCAAAGCCUCAAUUCACUGAUGGAUACUAUGAACACCACAUUCAACGAUGCAUCAAACUCGAGCACCACGUCAUCCCUUGGUGACUGCCCGGUGAACAGCAUCUGUGCAGCUCAGUUCAGUGAAGAUGGUGGUUGGUAUCGAGCUGUAGUUACCAAGGUACUCGACGGUAAUCGGCGGGAAGUAAGAUUCACUGACUUUGGAAACAAUGAUGCUGUGGAGAAGUCGUCACUUCGUCCCUUGAAUCCGUCCAUGCUAGAGCUACCAAUGCAAGCUAUUGCCUGUCAAUUGGCGGAUGUCAAGCCAAUAGGUAAUGGAUGGUCGGCUCAAGCCACUGCUGUAUUUGAAGAACAUGUUGGAGAUGUUGGAGCAGCACGUGUGACGGUUUGUAGAUCUCCAAAUAGCAGCGCAUCAGAAAUACAACCAUUGCAUGUCUACAGCAUUUCUGAAGCAAGAACCAUCAGCGACAUUCUUGUGUCUUCUACACAUGCGGUUUCAACUAUUGUCAAAGAAGCUGCUGUUCCUGUUGAGCGUCCGAGGUUUCUUUCUCCAUCUGACGCACAGUGGUCGUGUUUGCCAGCGACUGCUGGUGAAUUUGGCAUCAUUCUCUCAGAUAUUGCCAACCCAAGCUGCUUUUACGUCCAGUUAGCAGACAAGGGCACUAUCCAAAGCCUCCAUUCAUUGAUGGAUACGAUGAAUACCACAUUCAACGAUGCAUCAAACUCCAGCACCACGUCAUCCCUUGGUGACUGCCCGGUGGACAGCCUCUGUGCAGCUCAGUUCAGUGAAGAUGGUGGUUGGUACCGAGCUGUAGUUACCAAGGUACUCGACGGUAAUCGGCGGGAAGUAAGAUUCACUGACUUUGGAAACAAUGAUACUGUGGAGAAAUCGUCACUUCGUCCUUUGAGUCCGUCCAUGCUAGAGCUACCAAUGCAAGCUAUUGUCUGUCAAUUGGCGGAUGUCAAGCCAAUAGGUCGUGAAUGGUCAGCGCAAGCCAUCGCUGUGUUUGCAGAGCAUGUUGGAGAUGUCGGAGCAGCACGUGUGACGGUUUGUAGAUCUCCAAACAGCAGCUCAACCGAAAGCAAUGGAAAACAAGCCCUGUGUGUCUACAGUAUGAAAGAUGCAAGCACCAUCAACGAUAUCCUUGUGUCUUCUAAGCAUGCAGUUUCUACUAUUGCUGUUCCAGCUGCUUCUCCUGUUGAGUGCGCGAAGGUUCUUUCUCAAUCGGAUGCACAGUGGUCAUGUUUGCCGACAACUUCCGGUGAGUUUGACGUCAUUCUAUCAGAUGUUGCCAGCCCAAGCUGCUUUUUUGUCCAGUUGGCAGACAAGAGCGCCAUCCAAAGCCUCAAUUCACUGAUGGAUACGAUGAAUACCACAUUCAACGAUGCACCAAACUCAAGUGCCACGGCAUCCCUUGGUGACUGCCCGGUGGACAGCAUCUGUGCAGCUCAGUUCAGUGAAGAUGGUGGUUGGUAUCGAGCUGUAGUUACCAAGGUACUCGACGGUAAUCGGCGGGAAGUAAGAUUCACUGACUUUGGAAACAAUGAUACUGUGGAGAAGUCGUCACUUCGUCCUUUGAGUCCGUCCAUGCUAGAGCUACCAAUGCAAGCUAUUGCCUGUCAAUUGGCGGAUGUCAAGCCAGUUGGUAAUGGAUGGUCGGCUCAAGCCAUUGCUAUGUUUGCAGAGCAUGUUGGAGAUGUCGGAGCAGCGCGUGUGACGGUUUGUAGAUCGCCAAGCAGCAGCUCAUCCGAAAGCAAUGGAAAACAAGCAUUGUGUGUCUACAGUGUGACAGAAGCUCGCACCAUCAACGAUAUCCUGGUUUCAUCCAGCCAUGCCGUGUUGCUUUCUUGAUCUGACUGAUAGGUCCGAGGAUGUGUCCAUUGCUCAACAAUUCGCUUUUGCUGGCCAAGCUGCUGGCACAGUCUAGAGCUUCACCACAUGCUGUGGUGAGGAAUGUGUUUGUUGCUAUUCCAUGCAGCUACCUUUUGGCAUGUUUGUUCUUUUCUAUGCUUUUGUCUAGAAGCAGUGAGCGCUGCUAGUUUCACUGUGUCAUGUCUUAGUACACAAUGCUGAGCUGCAAUUGCCAUUAGCAACCUGGUUUACAGCUGGGCCCCCCCCCCCCCCUUAUUUAGGACUUGUGUGGGCUUGUUCCCUUGGCCUGCAUUUGUCACGUGUACAUAGACGUAAACCCUCACUACUCUGUUUGCGCCAUGCUCUGCUGCUGCCGUAUUGUAAUCUGGGUCUCAACUUCUGUUCUUUAUUUACAUUUUCAGUGGGUUGAUGAUCCCAAUAUUGAUUGAUCCUUUUUUAUGCCAUGUUAUUGGCUGUGUGUCUGUGUAUGUGACUUGAUUGUUGAGCUGUUCAGGUGACUUUCGUCUUGUUGUUUAUGUCCAUCAUCUAGUUUCUAUGUGCUACCAUCAUCAUUGCUACCCCCCCCCCCCCUCCCUCUCCUAUUGCAGCUGCUACGGAGCACUGUUUCUGUUUCUUGCUGUGCUGGCUUGUAGAGCUCUUUUUAUUUUAAACUUUUCCUUGUUGUUUGAGCUUUCUGUUUCGUUUUUUUAGCGUGCUGUGAUGAUCUUGUUUUCUAUUCUGAAAGUUUGGUGUCUAACUUACGCUGCUUGGUAGCUGCUGUUCCAGCUUGUUUCAUUCUGUGUUGUUUGUUUGUUUAAAUGCAUACUAGGCGUACCCAAUAUCAAAACUUCCAGGAGCUUGUUCAACUAGGGCUGCACUCGUGAUGUUUUCUUCUUUCUUCGCAUCAUUUUUUUCAAGCUACUUUGAGCAGUAAUUUUCAGUGAACUCGUGAAUGAAAACAUUUUAACAGCUUUA